UGCACAGCGGAAGCCGCCUCAGGACCGCGGGUCGUGCAGGAUUGUUUUCCCUAGACAUAAUGUCAAGCGGAGAUGACCAGCGAUCCCAGGCUUCUGCCAAACCUGCUUUCAGCGAGGCGCAAGCCUGUGCACUAGUGGAAUCGGUAUAUGGGUUCAAAGUUUCCAAGAUCCAGCCACUUCCUAGCUAUGAUGACCAAAACUUUUGUGUGUGCAUUUUAAGAACUGAAGGCACUACAGAUGGCCCAACUGAGUAUGUCUUCAAAAUAAGCAACACUGAGUCUAGCAAAACCCCAGACCUGACUGAGGUGCAGACCCACGUCAUCAUGUUCCUGCAAGAGGCUGGAUUUCCAACAUCCUCUGUGUGUCGUACCAAAGGAGACAACUUAACCUCUCUUGUGUCUGUAGAUGGUGGUUCCGAAAUCAAGAGCUACUUGGUGAGGCUGCUGACCUACCUCCCAGGGAGACCCAUAGCUGAGAUUCCCGUCAGCCCGCAGCUAGCGUAUGAAAUCGGAAGGCUCGCAGCCAAAUUGGAUAAGACACUGGAGAAAUUCCAUCACCCAGAGUUAAGCUGUCUGCGUCGGGAGAACUUCAUCUGGAAUCUGAAGAAUGUUCCUCUUCUGGAGAAAUAUCUCUAUGCCUUGGGCCAGGAUAGAAAUCGUGAGCUUGUGGAACAGGUCAUCCGGCUGUUCAAGGAUGAAGUAAUGACCAACUUAAGUCAUUUUCGAGAGUGUAUCAAUCACGGAGAUCUUAACGACCAUAACAUUUUAGUAGAGUCCAGCAAGUCAGCCUUUGGAGAUGCCGUCUAUCAGGUGUCUGGGAUUUUAGACUUUGAUGACAUGAGCUAUGGCUACUAUGUGUUUGAAGUGGCCAUCACCAUCAUGUACAUGAUGAUUGAAAGCAAGGAUCCUAUACAAGUAGGUGGUCAUGUCCUUGCAGGGUUUGAAAGUAUAAUCCCACUCACACCUGUGGAGAGGGGUGCUUUGUUUCUGCUUGUGUGCAGUCGUUUUUGUCAGUCCCUUGUCAUGGCUACAUACUCUUGCCAGCUACACCCAGAGAACGAAGAAUACCUCAUGAUUACUGCAAAAACUGGGUGGAAGCACUUACAGCAAAUGUUUGACAUGGGCCGGAAGGCUGUAGAAGAAAUCUGGUUUAACACCGCCAAGUCCUACGAAUCUGGGAUCUCCAUGUGAGUUGGAUAAAAGUCCAUAUGAACUUGGGUCGUUAACCCAAUAGGAACAAAUAUGUCUAUGAAGGGUUUUCCUGCACAGUUUAAAAUGAACUGAUGGGCCCAGCCUGCGUGGCUCAGCGGUUGAGCAUCGACUUAGGA